AUGUGCCUCAGUAUGAUGGGCGGGGUCGGCUUUGCAGUCAGUCAUCACUGCUUCUACAGGAGCCUGGCCGGAACGCAGCUCUCGCCAGAAACCUACCACGCCUUCGGGGCGGUGGGCGGCGCCACCAGCCAGCAGCUUAACAUCGCGCUGGGGACGCUGUUGGCUUCCAUGUCCAAGAUUCUCCUCAGCAUGGCCGUGUCCACGGCGCAAGAGCAGCAUGCGUGGAGCGUUAUCAAGGCCCGUCCUUCGAAGCUUCGUUCGAUUGACGGCUUGUUGGCUUCCAAGUCUAAUGUUCUGAGCAUUUUGGAUGCCAGGCUCUGGCUGCGUUACCCACUUUCCAUGUUCUUGUCGCUUCUCUUCUGCCACCCUGACCGUCAAGGCAAUUGUAGCGAGGAGUGUAAUAACUGGACCAGUUCCCAGUAUUAG